CUGGCUGGGAGAUAUUGUGACGACUGAUAAACACAGUAAAAUUAUUAUUAGAAAGUGAAAGUGGUUCACGACUUGUAGCGUAUUACCACUUCCAGGUCUUAUGAAAGCAGCUUAUUAUAGUGAAUAAAAGUGUGUUGCUUCUUGUUUGUGUUCAAACAUGUUGUGUUGAGAGUAAAAUUGAUAAGUUAUCUGGUAUUGUGGAAGGGAGAAGAGAACCGUUGAUUAUUCGUCAAUACGUGGCUCAAUGUACAAAUAGUUCAAACUGUUUUUCAUCACAGCAAUCAAGUUUUACUGGUCAUCUGUCAGUCUGAGUUCGAGUUACCAUAGUAAGCUUGUAAAGUGUCCAGCAAUAAUUAUGGCUUCUUUAAAACAACGCCAAGCUUCGUUCCAUGAUCCAAUCGACAGCGAUUUCAUUACGUUAACCAGAUUUGUUCUCACCGAACAAAGUAAAAGACCAGCGGCUACCGGUGAAUUGACACAACUUCUAAAUAGCAUUCAAACCGCUGUCAAAGCUGUCAGCUCAGCGGUGAGAAAAGCUGGAAUUUCUCAGAUGUAUGGGAUUGCUGGUACAACAAAUGUUCAAGGUGAAGAAGUACAAAAAUUGGAUGUCUACAGCAAUCAAUUGUUCAUAAAUAUGCUUCGGUCCUCAUUGACCACUUGCUGCUUAGUUAGUGAAGAGAAUGAUGAUCUUAUUACGGUUGAUGCAGGCCAGAGAGGAAAAUAUAUUGUCUGUUUCGACCCAUUGGAUGGAUCUUCAAACAUUGCAGUCUUACAAACUAUUGGAUCAAUUUUUGGAAUAUGGAGACAAGUGACCACAGAAGGAGCAGAAAUGGAAAAGAAUGCUCUGCAGCCAGGGAGAGAGCUAGUGGCAGCUGGGUAUGCCCUCUACGGUAGUGCCACCAUGCUGGUAUUAUCUCUGGGCAAAGGAACCGGUGUGAACGGUUUCAUGUACGACCCAUCUGUUGGAGAGUUUGUGCUGACUGACCAGAAUAUUAGAAUACCAAAGAGGGGCAAAAUAUACAGCAUCAACGAAGGCUACCAGGCUAGUUGGCAUCCAGCAAUUUUGGAAUACGUUGAAAGCAAGAAAAACCCAAAGACGGGUAAACCAUAUUCGGCUCGGUACGUUGGAUCAAUGGUAGCAGAUAUCCACAGAACACUGAAAGUGGGUGGAAUUUACAUUUACCCUGCCACAAAAGAUUCGCCCAACGGAAAGCUGCGUUUGAUGUACGAGUGCAACCCCAUGGCUUUUCUGGUAUGUGAAGCUGGUGGAGAAGCAACUGAUGGCAAAAUUCCUAUCUUGGACAUUGUACCGGAAAAGAUUCACCAACGUGCACCAAUCUACAUUGGCUCCAAAGAAGAUGUGCAAGACAUUAUGGAUAUCAUAAAGGCACAUAAAUAAUUUCCACAUUCAACAAUUCGAUAUGGACUAGGAUUUUGAUAAAGUCACCAAUGGAACCAUUGUGCAAGUUGAGGAUUAAUGUUAUUAUUUAGUGAUCACAUCAUAAGACUGUAAAAAGACUGAUCCGACAUUAAUUUGAAAUAAAUAUAAAUUGCUACCGUAUUUUAGAGUGAUAAUUGAAGAGGAUAAGUUUAACUUGAAUGUAGUCUGGAUAUUUUUUUAAUUCCUUGAUUAGCUAUCUAGAGGUUCAUGAAGCCGUUCUACUAGAAAUACAGUAGUAUCAAAAAUAAUAUACGGCUCUAAUGAUACUGUAUUCUGGUUUCUUUUAUCUCAUUUACUUACAAAACUAUAAAAAACAAAUUUCAAUAUUGAGUAAUGUAAUAUUACUAAUAUUAAUAUUGAGUAAUGCACAUAAAUUUAAUUUGAAUGAGUAUUUGAUUUUUAAGGGGUUCAAUAGAAGGGCUUCAAUGCUUUGAUUAAACAAGAUCCCAUACAAGCUA